GUCCUGGUCCAGCAGAUCUCGCAGGUCCUGGUCCAGCAGAUCGCGGAGAUCCACUAUCAUGUCCAGCCGAUCGCGAAGGUCCAGUCGCGUUCUGGUGGGGACGAUGAUGACGACGGUAGCCGCCGUCGCAAGGGCGGUGAUGAUGACGAUGGCAGUCGGCGUCGCAAGGGUGGAGGCGAUGAUGACGACGGUAGUCGCCGCCGCAAGGGCGGUGAUGAUGACGAUGGCAGCAGGCGUCGCAAGGGUGGAGGCGAUGAUGACGACGGUGGCCGCCGUCGCAAGGGGGGUGAUGAUGAUGACGAUGGCAGUCGGCGUCGCAAGGGUGGAGAUGAUGACGAUGACAGGUGUGCCGCGAAGUUCCACAACAGGCUGAAGCCCGACUUGGAUCACUAUUGCCAGGUGUGCAGGCACUACUGCCAGCACCCGCCAGCGACUACGACCACCACGACCACCACCACCACCUUGAAUCCUCAGUGCCCCUUCGUGACAACCACCACUAGUCAUCCUCCCUACCCGACGACAACCAGGCACCCCAAAGGGGAUGACGAUGACGGCAGCCGGAG